GGGAGUUGGUGCCCUGCAGGUCGAUUGCAUAAAGGAAGUCUAACUACGUAGGCAGGACGAGCAAAGUGCCUCCGAAAGAGGUAGAGGUGAUCUUCGCACCACGAAGAGAAGAUGGGCAUCGAAAAGAUGCAUGCUGAUGUUGCGAAAAUGACAUGGCAACGCCGAGGACUCGUCCAUCAAGCGUGAUUGGAUACUUCUUACGGAAGCGGACACUUGUGGUACAUACAAAAAAGAUGCUGAGAAUUCUCGAACAAGUGCCUGCUGCUGUUGCUCUUCCUCUUGGUGCGCCUGCGCAGAUCCGAGGCGGAGAUCAAGGCAAAGUCUCGGUCACGCCGAUGAUGAUGCUCUUGGUCGCCUUCAUUUUCCUCGGGCUUGCCGGCGAUAGUGCUGCCGGGUACGAGCUUCGAACCAAUAAGAACAAGCUCAGCGCAGCUUCAUACCGGAUAGCUCCGCCCAGCGCUGUAACGCCCAGUAAAACUACCUCCGGAACGAGGGGAAAUAAAGUCCAUGACGUGCGAAAGUUGACGCCCGAGGAAACGCAAAACUUGAUACCCAUCGUGGACGCGAAGGAAGAAGAGCUGAAGCGCAGUGACAAAGUCAGGUUUGCCAACGAUCUCCCACCGAAGGGCCAGCACGCCGCUUCCAUAUUGCAAGAGAGCUCCUCAAUCGACGCCUCCGGCGGCGUGGUCUCGUUCGCAAAGGAUAUCGAUAUGAAUGCUUGGAAAAAGGCUUCCGCAAAGCCCGCCUAUGAGUACAAUCCGGCAGGCGCGGCAAGUAGGAACGUCAGCACAGCCGGAUACCCCGCUGAUUGCACCAUCAACGCCAAGGAUUUCCACAAUUGGCAUUAUAUCGAACACGACGUCUUGUACUGCAUCUAUACAUGUUUCUUUUUCUUUCUUUGAAACAACUUUCGGUUGUUGUAUAAAUUUCUCGUGCUGGUGACGUUUUGUUGGGUUUCGAGCACGACUCGCUUGAUGCCGAUGCGAUGAAGACUCCGUAGCAUCUUGGUUCUUUUUCUUUGCAGGUGUCCCUCGGUUUGUCCCUACCAGACCCCGAUGGCUGGGGGGCCGACGUGUCCGAAGGUGUGCCUCCUGGAUGUUGGCUGCAAGAACUACUCCAGCUUGUACACAUUCCCCACCACCAAUCACGAAGGGCAGAAAGUCUGCGAAAUUCCCUGUGGCCACGACAAAGAGGACCGCGUCCCCGCCUGCAAGACGUGCGAAAAAGAAGGGAAAUGCAAAGAGUGCGUUUCCACGUUCUUAGGUGUUGACAAUAAACUACGGACGAAAUUUUUUUGAUGUAAAAAUCUUUUUUUUUUUUCUUGUAUGUUGCACAGCUCAUCGUCACUCAGCUUUGCGUCUCUGCUGCAAAUUCUGGUUACUGUUUGUUUCAUUGCGCCGCAACUACCUACAGGUCAAUUCGAGCUAAGCGAGGACGGGAAAGAGUGCAUCAAGACGACGGGGCAGUUUUGGAUCAUUGUGAAGAUCUCCAUCGUGGUGGCCUUCGUCCUCGGGUUCAUCCUGCUGAUUUGGAUCGGCAUAAUACGUGUGGAGGACAACACCCGGGGGCUCCUGCGCGCCAUCGACCACAAGCAGAUGGCCGGCGCCAUCCACGGGGCGCUGCCCGCACCCCCACGGGAGCCGGGAACGCUCGAGUACGCGCGGUACCCCUGCCCGGGAACCAAUGUCCACACAGAGGACAUCGCCGGCUUCGACUACAAGUGCUACUUCGACACCACGUCGAUGCUUUUUUUCAUGUCGCUCUUGUUCGCCGGCAUGAAUUACUGGGCGUGGCAGUACCACGACAACGAGGUGGAUGGGAAAACGUGCCGCAAAGCCGUGGUGGUGUCCAUGUGGCGUGUGAUGGUCACGCAGUGGCACAACGACGACACCCGCGCGGCGCACCAGGCCUACGAGGAACGCAUGCGGUGGGUGGUACUCAUCCAGUACAUUCUCACCUGCGCGCUGGGCGUCUGGUCUGCCGCGCGCACGCAGCGAAUUUCCUCGCGCAUACGGUCCUCACAGACCAGCGUAUCCACCUACUGUGUCGUUUUGACAAAUGUUCCUGAGGACGUCACCGAGCCCCAAGAGGUGCUAGACGGUAUGAUUUUUCUUCAUUGGAAUUUUGAAGCGCGACCGCGUUUUCUAGGCCUAUUAACAUUCUUGCGACACCACGAAACAAAGUCCUAUCUACAUAAGAACUGGCAGUUAUGUGAAAUACACAUAGCCACGUGUGUUGACUUCUCCCUUUUUUGAAAGAAGACAGAGUGGUCGCCAACUAGCAGUUGCAGUAGCUGUAGCUGCAUUUUUCUCUUUAUACAACUACUUCUACCAACAGCGCUGACUACCAAGCUUCCCACAAAGGGGCAUGAUGGGGUGGAGGCCUACGAUUGUGUGGCAAAGAAAGAAGACCUGGUGGGUGUGUCCAUCGCGUACGACUUCGAGGAAAAUGCGGACCUCGUCCAGGAGGCCUGCGAGUUCGUCAUCCAGGCCAACGACGACGUUUACGCGGAGGCCAACGAGGUUCUCGACGACCACUCCGCCGACGUCGGCGACGACGCGGGUUGUUGUGCAAAAGCCUGUUCGAUCUUCAUUAGCAUCUUGGACCCACUGCUGCUCCUUUGCACCCCCGCAGGGGGACUGGUCAACAAACGAGACACCCUCGCCAGGGCAGCAGAGGUAAAUGAUUUGAAUAACUACGUAAGUGCGUACAGGUGCAAAGCGUUUCGGCGCUAAAUAGAUCAUGUUCGUAUGAUUGCGCGACGUUGAUGCCGGGACUCCAUGUUGCCGUUGAAGAGGCACCACGGAAAGCACCAUCCAGGGGAAUAGGAUAGGGAAUAGGGAGAGAAAGAGAGAAUAGGGAGACGGGGAGAAUAGGGAGGGCAGGCAGAAUAGGGAGAGCAGGGAGAAUGGGGAGGGCAGGGAGAAUGGGGAUGGCAAGGAGAACAGGGACAAAAGCAAAAGGGAGAGUAGGGAGAGCAUAGGGAGAGCAUAGGGAGGGCAUAGGGAGAGCAUAGGGAGAGCAUAGGGAGAGCCUAGGGAGAGCAUAGGGAGAGCAUAGGGAGAGCAUAGGGAGAGCAUAGGGAGAGCAUAGGGAGAGCAUAGGGAGAGCAUAGGGAGAGCAUAGGGAGAGCAGGGAGAACAGGGAGAUUAGGGAAGGCAGGGAGAAUAGGGAGAACAGGGAAAGCAGGGAGAAUGGGGAGAUUAGGGAGAGUAGGGGAUUAGGUGUACUUCUAUUGCUCUCCCUAUUGCCCUAUUCGUUCCCCCUGUUCCACUCUCCCUAUUCCCUCAACUCAGAAUCACUACAGUCAUUGUCAUAUGUAAAAUGAUACAACAAGCGCACAAAAACUACCACUCCACUGAGGUUGAGCAGGAGAUCACCCCGGUACUGGAGGAGGUGAAGUGCGAGGGCACGGCUUACCUCGUAUGCAACAGUCCCGCGGCCGCGGGCGCGGUGAUUCGGCGAACGAAGCAAAACCCGCUGAUCCUGCGAGAUCAGAAGGUAAAUUGCGGUGUGAUGGCCUACCCCCCGGACGAGAUCGUCUGGGAGGCGUUCACGAAGACGAACCUCGAAACCGCGAUCAUUAUCGGCUGGGUGCUCAUGUGGGUCGUCUUCAUCGUCUACAUUGCCAUGUACGCCGCGCUGGCGUACGAUUUUAUGACGGGCCUCAUGGUAGCGGGCGCAGAGAGCGACUACAUCGCAGAGACAAUUCUUUCCAUCUCGAUCGCGGUAGGCACUGUGCUCAUCUGCCUCAUUGUAGAAGCCGUCGUGCCGAACUGGUGCGACAAGUACAAGCACGAAAAAUUCCAGCGAAUGUACAAUUACGGUAAGUAGCCAUUUUUCAGAUGGUUUUGGUUUUUUUUUGUUUUGCUCAUUUUGUAGUUUUUGAACAGAACAGAACUAACCACGGUCAUGUGCACGGCUUUCCUCAAUGAAUGUGCUCUAUUCGGAUGAACAACUGACAGGGCUUGGGCUACUUCCACUCAUUACUCUUUAUCAGGCUACUUCUUCUGCGCGCUUGUGCUGGCAACGGAUUUGUUAAUUGUGCUCUCGAUGAGUCAGGCCCAGCAGAUGAACGAGACUGCGGAAGGCAAGGGUAGGGUAAUCACGGUGGCGCUGGCACAGCAGUUCUACGAGAUGAUUAUGCCCGGGUACCUCAUUAUCCCGUACCUCGCAGAAUCCGCUUUCGACACCCUAAUGCCAAGGUAACGUUCUUGUUGAAAGCCGAUUUCUAGAGCUUUUUUUGACUUUUUUUCUCAUCAAUGGAAGAGAUGAAACGGUGGAAAAGUUAUUCAUGGUCUCAUGAUCAUGAAGGACUGAAGAGAAGAUAGCAGUUCUUCAUCUUGGACCACAACUGCUAGUACCCUCGUCCAGAGUAUAGCUUUGCUGUUUUUCGAAAAAAGGUACGUCGGAGCCAUCAUCGUUGGUGCGCGACCUGAUAUGAGUCAUUGGCUGGCUGAGAAAGCGCUCGAAGGGCCAGAAAUGAAUCCCGUGUGGAGGUGCGUCUGAUUUAUGUACCUUAUCUCUUGGGGCGUCCUGCAUGGUUCAACUUGUUUCAUCUGGUCGUGUCUCACCCACAGUUGUGAAUGAAAACUUUACAUGCGUUGCAGUAGUUUUUUGCUUUCCUAUGAACAUAGGCACCCAAACAAAUUAAAUCCCACAACUUCUCUAGGUACGUCGAUAUGGCGAACUUUUUUACCGCGACGAUGGUGAUGUUAGGGAUGGCUUCCAUCUACAACUACUACAUUUUCCUCGCGAUUGCGUUCGCGAUCGCCUUAAUUUACUGCAUCGACUACUUGCGAAUCCUGCGGGGGCAAACCUGUUGCAACGCGGAAACUUCCUUGGUCACGCUCAAUUUCUGGUUCUAUUGGUCCUUCUAUAAAAGCGCACAACUCCGCCUCCCCCUCAUUUGUCAUGCAAAAUGCCUAAUUUACGCCUUGCCUCAUGGCACUGUUUGCAUGACAAGUUCUAGCAGCCCAACAUGACAAGUUCUAGCAGCCCAAAUAGCACUACAAUCCUGGCCAACAUUGUCAUGCAAAACCGGUAAUCUUGCUGACGCUUGUAUUGCUGUUCAUGCAAUACAAAUGAGGGGGAGGGGGAGUUGUGCACUUUUAUACCCUCCCGACUGCCGUGAUUGGUUUCAUGGCCGCCAUCUGGUGGGUAUGGCGUUCUCAAACGUUACAUUCUCAACUGUUGCAUGAAUUUGUAAUGCAAGAAUGGGAAAAGUGAAAGGGGGGAAGAAGUUGCGCCUUUUGCAUUACAGGUUUGGCGCAGGUUCUCAGCCUGUUGGGCUCUUCGACAAUUUGUAAUGCGAAGCAGCUUGAUCGCGUCGAUUCUGAUUGCCAUUUUGCAUGUUGACAAAUCAUGUAACAAUUGAGAAUGUAACGUUUGAGAACGCCAUAGUGGGUGAAGACGCUUUACAUCCGAGAACCAUGGCGUAAUAUCGUGAGUUUUUGUUUUUCAUAAUUCUGAUGUUGCCUUGUACCACAUAACUCUAGCCGUAGCCCCUAGCCCUGCUACGCAUAGUCAUAGAUGAAAGUCAAUGCUUGUAGUUUCGGGUUCGUGCAACAUAUGUUUCGAAUCAAAUCGAAAUCCAGUUCUCUUCACGAUCUUCUUCAUCGUGCACUUCUCGGUGUACUCGUUUUUCGUCGGGCGCAUUUUGAAGCGCGAGCAGCGCGAGAUGACGGAAGAGCCCAAAGCGCCGAGCGCCAGCUCCGAGAGCUCCUCCCUGAACACCGUGAGCACGGACCUGGGGGCAAGCUACAGCGAACUGCGCGCCUUGCAGAUCGAGCGCGGCAUCUACAAGGACUACUUCAACAGCAACCCCAUUUUUGUGCUCCGACAGCACUACCUGGACAAAACCGAGCCGUGGCAUCCCGACGCGCCCGGGGACGCCAUCAUCCUGCCCUUCGCGGUGGGCAAGGGGUACUUGCAAAACUACGACUUCGCCGUGAAAGAGGUGCGGGAUGACCUCGCACUGAAGCCGGUCGGCAGCUUCAAGAAGAAGCACUCCACAAUUAGCUUCUUCCACACCGAGCCGCUCCACACAAAGCAGCUGCUCGAGAGAAGAGCAUCACAGGCCCGGCUGUCAAGCACGAGCGAUUUGGCCGAUGUGGAGAAAAAAGAGGCAGGAGGUGACAAGGCGGUGGAUCCACGAGCUUCAGUUUCUGCCGCACCUGCUGGGGCCCUUAGAAAUUCCGGCGGAGGAACUACUACUGCAGCGCCAGCUGCAGCUUCCAAGGCCGCAGCAGCAACGGCGGAGAAGAAAACAAGAAUACAAGAGGACGCCGCCGUGGCAGCUGCACCACCAGCGGGUAAAGCAGCCGCGCCGUCGGCUGUAGCAGAAGUUACAACCAGCUCUCAACCCGCAAGACCAGCUGCCCAGGAGUCAGAAGCGCCAGCGGCACCAAAAGGAAGUCGCUUUUCCGCCCAGCAGCGUCACGUCGCCGAGGAUGACGAACCAACCAGGCCGUCCUUAAUGAACACGUCCUCUUCGAGCGCAGGGCCUAGUACUGGGGGAAAUACGAAUCCGGAUGCUAGUACGGACCUCCUGAUGAGUACCCAGGCCCCUGACGCGCUGGGACAAACCAUGGCGCGAACGUCGACAGACGGGGAUGAGGCGGAGGAGAGCAUGAAAAAACUCCCGCCAAAGUAAGCGACGCGAUGAAAGACGGGAAGUCCGCGCGCACGCAUUCAACACCCAUGAAUAAAGUUGCUCCGACGCGGUUGUAUAUGUUUCUUUCGUCGAGAAGUAGUAUGACGCUGCUUUUUGUUUUGGUUUCAAUGUUUCCGUUUCGUAGUAUGAGCAAUCGAAAGUCGUGUCCUACGGCAUUGACAAAGAUGUGACAUGAUACUUGUUACUUACAGUUACAUGAUACAAAUCUAGUGAAAUUGAUAUGGAUAUCAUCCUGAGGACGCCGACGCGGUGGAUGGUACGCGUGUGUGUCUACGGAUUCAGUUCGUUGCUGCUUUCGCCAUUUUUUAGAAGCAUCACGUUCUGGGAAGUAGGACCUGUACGUAGUCUAAGACUACCCCUUGUCCUUCGCGUUUUUUUCGUGAAACUGAAAUAAAACUAUCUAUAGCAUGAUAGAAAAUACAACUGAUAUUGUAAACUAAAAACCAGAAAUAAGUAUCUCGAGGAUGUUAUGCCCUACUCCGUAGGCCAGGUGGGACAGAUUUUUUAGAAGAAGAUUCAUUGUUGCAAUGACGCAACUUCGCGUGUCGGUCAGUUUUGACACCACUUUCUCGACGUCUCCAAGAGAUUCAAAAGUCUAUGUAAAAAGUCCAGAUCGAACUACAUAAAGAUCCAUGCGUGCGGUACUAUAUCACCGGGUCAAAUAAACUAUUGCGCGGAUUCGGUUUCAUACGGCGCGCACACGGUCACGACCAAAUGCCACGAGCACGUAUGGGAUGCUUAUGCGAUUGCUAUUCCAAUGCACGACUUGUUUCGCCACUCUAAUGAACAAUUCUAGUAGAUGAACCGGAAUCAAUGAUUCCAGCCGGAGGCGGACUCACGACCGUUAGAGUAUCUCUGACGACAUAAAGACGCAGCUUUCCACGGUUGUUUUUGAAUGCCAAUGAAUAUCGGAAAU